AUGAUACUAAAUGGACCACCUAGAGAUAUAUCAUUAGAAAAAACAAUUGAAAUACAACGAGUGAAACAACUUUUUUUACAAAAGUAUCAAAAUUUUAUAACAGAAACACAUUAUAAACGAGCUAUACAAGAAUUUGCAUAUCGUACAUAUGAUUGUGGUUUAGUCUUAGCUAUAAGUCUCAAUUUUAUAACGAAAAUUUUAGUUACGUUUUUUUAUCGUAUUAAACUAAAACGAUAUGAUUUAUAUAAGAAUAUAAAAGAAUUAUCAAUUUGUCUUAUACCGAAAUCAUCAUCAUCAUUAACCGAUAGUGGUCAUCCCCAUUAA